UCUCAGUAAUAAUAGCUGCCCAUCUUAAAGUUGCUCAAUUUCAUGAGCCUGAGUUAGAGUUGCCGUUUAGCCAUAAUUAUAUAGACUAGAUUCUACAUGCUAAAAUCGACGUGCACCGUAUGACAUUGUAUGAAAUAUAUGGAUAAUGCCCAGGUCCACUCACAGGCUAACUAACUGUCAAUGGCCACUCAAGCAACCCCCGACUGUUCUCCAGAGUAUCUGUCCUUCCAAGAGAACUUUGAAGCAUUGGUGUCCACAUUCAAAGCUCAACCUGCUGCAUACGCUGAUAGCCUCUUCUCCAAUGGCUACAUACCAGAUAAAGUUCUCAAGUAUUCUAGACUGAAUGGAGUUAUGGACUCUGAUAAAUCUCGAAAGAUUUUAGAAACCAUCACCCAUCGAAUUGAGAACAAUCCCAGUGUAUUCCAUGGCUUUAUCGAGACCAUCGCUGGCCCUUCUACUGACGAUGUUGUCAAGAAACUACACGAUAGUUACAAGCGUCACAAGACUGCGACCAGCCGUGUUGAACAGCCACAACUCUCUCCACCCCGACACCAGCAACUUCCACCAGAGGCUCCACUCCCAGUGACAGAGUCUCUGACGGGAAACUUCAAUCUCAUUUGGAGUGGCCUAAUAAUUAUGCUGUUGUAAGACUCACACUCUAUGGACAGGCCACGCCCAUCUAAUACUAACCUUGAAACGAUGUCUGACUAUCUCACAUUAGCAGAUCUAAAGAAAGUUUACAUAGCUACGUUUGAAGCUCGAAACAAGUGGCGAACCAUUUUGCUGGUUCUUGACGUAUCCUCGGAUACUAUCGACAGCAUAGGUACGAAAUGGCGAGAUGAUCCUAAUGACUGCUUUCGUGAGGGUUUGAAAGAAUGGCUGAAAGGUGGGGAGAGAAGCUGGGAAGAUGUUGUCAAAGCUUUGUCCAAUCCUGUUGUCGGCCUCAGUUACAUUGCCAAGACCAUCAAGAAAGAGUCUACUGUUGACCAGAUCAAUGACGAUUUGACGAUUUUCCUAAACGAACAACUCGGUGAAGGUGCCUUUGGACCAGUCUUCAAAGGCAGCUACAGAGGCGAGAUUUGUGCAGUCAAAGUGCUGACUCACGAUGCUAUGGAAAUACAGUCUGGUAUUCCAGCCGAAAAAACUAAAGCGAUGGAUGAUCAAAGCGAAUUUCUCAAGUUACUCCAACACCCAAACCUUGUUCAGUUUUUGUCAACUGCUAAGCACCCUAAAUCAGGUGAUACAAUCCUCGUUGUUGAGCUGAUGGAUUGCAAUUUGAGAUCCUAUAUCCUCAGCCUUAAUAGAGUCCCUCACUAGCGAAUGUGAAAUUAGCCUCUCCAAAGACGUCGCUUGUGGUCUGGCCUACAUUCACAGCGAGCUGAUGAUUCACCGUAACCUCUGUGGUGAUAACGUCUUGCUGAAGCUUACACGACCAAUGCCUAUUGCAAAGAUUUCCGACUUAGGCAUUUCACGGCUGUACAAUCCUUCCAAACUUACAGCCAUUGGUAACCAUAUGGGGUAUCUACCUCUCAAGGCUAUUCAAUUGGGGAUGUACAAUAGUAGCCUGGAUGUGUUUUCCCUUGGGGCGAUUAUGGUGCAGAUUGUUUGCAAGCUGGAGACAAUCAAAUCAAUGGAGGAUCGAUCAUUCCAUUUUGCCCAGAUCCCUCACACACAUAAGUUGAAGAAGCUUAUCGACCAUUGUUUGCAAGAAGACUUGCCGAGGAUACCAUCUGCCAGGGUAGUCUAUGAUUUACUGACAGUGGAGGCAACAAAGAGGGAGUCAAAAGACACUCCACCAGUCAAUUUGACUGAGGAAGACUCUGAUGCAUUAGAAAAGCUGCUCCUAGACAACAACAUCAAAGGAUUUUCUUUGACUGGUGAAAAGACUUACGAGACAGUUGUACACCACCUUCGUGAGCUUGGACACGAGGAACUAGCUGAAAAACUAAGAAUAAACCUCGACAAAGUGAUUGGCGAGCAAAAGCGAUAUCUGAAGAAAUUGGACGAUCUGAUGACUGACGAAGAAGCUGUCUCUAUGCAAAAUCUCGGGCUCCUUCUUGUUGGACCACCAUCCGUGGGGAAAACAACAACCCUUAACCGUUUGCGGAAAAAUAUCGUAAACAUCACUUCCAAUGAAGAAAAAGCAAAGCUCGGCAGUACACUGCUCGCCAAUUGCCAUCAAGUGGUUGCCUAUAUGAACAAGGAUGCUACUGAAUGGGUUUGUUCUGAAGACGUGAACGAGGAAGUACAAGUUCUCUUUAGCUAUAUGUACGGCAACAAGAUCGAAAAUGUACCGAGCAAAGAAAAAACGACAAGGAUUGAAAAGCCAACCAAAAAGUCAUCCGAAACUCUAAAAAAAGUUCAACUUUCUACUGAAAGGCAGCAACCAAAGCCUCAGGAAGAAGAAACACGCACUGAAAAGCAAGAAAACACCGAUAAACAGAAUAAGCUGGUCCAAAUCAGGGAACGCCUGCAAAAGCUGAUAAAAACCGGAAACUACUCCCAAAUGGCCAGUCGUCUUGGCAGCACCUUGUUACACAUCAAGGAUGUCGGAGGCCAGCCAGGCUUCUUGGAAAUGCUACCAGCCGUGAGCAAUGGUCCAGCUUUGUAUCUAGUGUUUUUGGAUUUGAGCAAAGAGUUGGACGAGCCCUACGAUAUUCCCUUCAGUCGAGACAACACCAUUAUCACCCCAUACAAAGCUGCGCACACAGUGGAAGCCACAGUCUCUCAAAUCCUUUCUUCAAUUGCCUGUGUCCAUCACGUCCCUCGAGAGGAUGAUUUGGUCAAAACCUCCAAAUUAGGUGAAAAGUUUGAAAAGUUCCAACAGAUUCGUCCUAUAGCAGCUUUGAUCGGUACUCACGUGGACAAGUUGGAAAAUCCAAAAGAAAAAAUCAAGCAGGUCUUGCUCUGAAAGCGACCACUCAAAAGUUUGCCAAGAUCCUGGUAUUACCUCCGUCAGAUUCUGAAUCUUCAUUUUUUGCCGUGGACAACUUUGCUGGAACCGAACAGUCUGACAUCGCCCCAAUUCGCGAUUUCAUGAGCAAGGUUUUUGCCUCUCACUUCAAGGAUGCAUCUCUGCCCAUCAAACCAAAAUGGCUCCUACUGGGCACACUACUGCGGAUGGAUUACUCAAUCGUGCAUGUCGAUGGAAGACUGUCUGGAAAUUGGGAGAAUGUUGGAGAUGGAUGAAGAAGAUACCAAAUUCUGCUUGAGGUAUCUUCACAGUAUUGGCUCGCUCAUGCAUUACACAAAUGUGCCGGAUGACUGGCUCAAGAAUCACAUGUUCUGCACCCCUGAAGUAAUUUUCACUAGCAUCAGCCAACUGAUCAUUGCCGCUUUACGCAUCCUCCAUUCCGAAGGCCACGUCACUGAGUUUGAGCGAGAAGAGUUGAUCAAAAUGGGGCAGUUUUCACUGGAAGCCAUCAUCAAGUACGUCCCGAUGUUACAAAGAUGCUCAAGGAAGGAGAAAUUAUCCCAGCCAAGCAGCUCAUUGUACUGCUGCAAUAUCUCAACCUUCUCUCUGAAAUUGUUCACAAAGAUACCAACAAUCCAAACGUCACUCGAUUCACCUACCUCAUGCCGGCUAUUUUGGAGUGUGCACCACAAGACGAGCUGACCAACCCACCUCCACCAGAUGCCAACAACCCAGAACCUCUCCACAUCACAUUCAGCUUUGGUUACGUACCAACAGGAGUCUUCUGUGGGCUCAUCACUCGACUAGUUUCCCAAGGACCCCAUGGAAUUCUCGGAUUAACGUGGGAAUUGGUGGAUCAAGGUGUCAAACGAAACCACGUUUCCUUUUAUGUUGACUAUGUACACAAGGUGACACUGCUCUCUCACGACAGAAGCUACGAGAUACGAGUUGAACGCAAUGCAGAACAACUUGAUUUCUCUCUUCACGAUCUUUGCUCCCACACUUUGUCAGCAAUCCUGUAUAUGGUUAAGAUUCUGUUCCCAAAGUUGAACCUCAGUGUUGCAUUCCAAUGCUCCUGUUCUAAACAUGCAACAAGCAAGAGUCUCAACAACCUUUGCACCCUUGUUCAAGGCCGACAGAUCCACUUCUUGUGUGGUAGAAGUCCCGUCACCCUCAGUGAAGGACAACAAGUGUGGUUGAUGAAGAACGUGUGUCUAGGAAGCAGCACGGAACUAUAGAGGUACUAAACUUUGCUGAGGAUGGGUUCUCUUUCCACUGGACCAAAGAGUGCUCCAGACGUCAUAUCAAAACAACUGAUGAUCGGCCCAACAAUGAGCUUCCCGAGUGUGAGAGAGGAGGAUUUUGGUCACUACCAGUGUGAGGUGAAGGAUGCAGCUGCUGGGAAAGUGCUCCUCACUGUCUACAGAGCUCUCUACAAAAAGGAGAAUGGUAGUGCAGCAACUCAACUAUCUACUGAUGGAGUUCCCCAGGCAACCAUUGAGUCAGCGACUGCAGCUCAGUUGAGCCAGGAGUGCUCGGAUGAAGCUCUUCUCCAGUUGUCUACCGAGAUUGCUGGAUACAACGAUUACAAGUACAGGCUGGGCCUCAGUGAUGCUGAGAUUGAGGGUAUCGAUCAGAAUCCGACAUUUUCAAGUGUUUCAGGGAAAUGUUAUGCUGCUCUAAAUAAAUGGAAAUGCUUAAGCGUUUUUGAAAAUCCUUUUCAUGUGACAGCCACUUAUUGUCGAUUGGUGGGCAUUGCAAAGCAGCUCAAGGACGGAACAGCAAUUCGUAACAUCCACACAGCUUGUGUGAAACAUGUAAGUCUUCCCGGCAGUAGCCCCACCCCCUCUACCACUCCCUCCACCCGGGCACCACUAACAAACUACAAACAAUCAGAACACUAUUAAUAACGUUCUGAUAUCGUAUAAUUAUUAUUUCUGCAUUUUGUAUUAUGCUCUAUAAUCAUUAUGAAUCAUGGCAUUAAAAUCAUGUUCUGCUAUAUAGGGUGCAAACUUAAUUGAAAUGUGUAAUU